CGGACCGUGUGUUUCUCUCUGCAGAGACACAAACACGUCCUGAACAAAAGCCGCCAUGUUUCCAGAACUCCGUGCCUCCAUAAAUUGGUGGCGGGAGCGGCUCUGAGCGGUUUGACACUGGGAGCCGCUUAACGUCAUGCCUCUGCCCCGACGCCGCUCUUCUUUCCUGGGACAGCCGUCCUCCGAGCGCCCGGCCGCCGCCUCCUGCGGGAGGACCGGUGCGGCCGGCACCGCCGCCCCGCGCGGUGUCUUCGUGGGCUCUGCGCCCCCGGUGGGCGGGGCCUCCAGCCUGGGGACGCGUGUCUCUCGGCGGGCUCUGGGCAUCAGCAGCGUGUUCCUGCAGGGGAUGAGGAGCAGCGCGGCCCCGGUCCUACCCCGGGCCGGCGACCGGGCGGCGGGUCCCGGAGCGGCGGCCGGACUGAACAGCUGCCUGAUGGAGUACCGAGACAAAGUGAGAGCCCUGGAACACCUAAACCAGCAGCUGGAGGACCAGAUCCGCCUCUGUCUGGACCGCAAGGCCUCCAGCGCCGGAGCCUGGGGACCACUGAGGAGGGAGUGGGAGGACGUCUACAGACAGGUCAGUGAAGCCAUCCUGGAUAAUGCUCGUUUGAUGCUGCAGACGGAGAACGUUCAGGCUAACGCUGAGGACUUCAAGGACAGGUACGAGAAUGAGCAGCCGUUCAGGAAGGCGGUGGAGGAGGAGAUCAGCUCUCUGUACAAAGUCAUUGACGACGCCAACCUGACGAAGGCGGAGCUCGAGGAGCAGAUGGAGAACAUGAAAGCCGAGCUACGUCACCUGGAGCACAACCAUGAGCAGGUCCCAUCACUGUGUUUAACAGGAGACUGUAAACACCUCACCAAGUUUUUGGACGUCCGUGUCCUCUACAGUCAGAUGGCGGGACGCGAGGUGGACGAACCUGACGCUCCCAUAGAGACCAGUCUGGACCAAAUCCUGGCCUACAUCAGGAGCCACUGGGAGAAGGUGACGGAGAAGAACCGAGCCGAGACCGACAACUACCAGCUGGAGUGUAAGGAGGCGCAGUGUAUGAGCAGCAGACUGAGUCCAGAAGAGGAGCAGGUAGAAGCGCUGAAGGCCGAGUGUAACGACACCGGCUGCAAGAUCCAGAGUCUGCAGGCCGAGACUGAGUCCAUCCGAGCGUUGAAACGAGGUCUGGAGAACUCGCUGAGCGACGCUCGCCACUGGCAUGACAUGGAGCUGCAGAAUCUGGGCUCAGUGGUGGCCAAGCUGGAGGCGGAGCUCGCCGACGUGCGUGGCGAGAUUGAGCAGCAGCGGCGCGACUACGACACGUUGCUAAGCAACAAGCAGCGUCUGGAGCAGGAGAUCGGCCUGUACCACGGCAUCCUGGACGGAGAGGAGAGCCGCUUUCUGCCGAGCGAGAUACCGUGUUCAGGUCUGCACUCACAACCUGAGGGAGCUGCCAACGCCCCUGCUGCUCCAGACUCCCGGACUAACACUCCAGGACCUCCAGGACAGUGAUCCCUGUGGAGGAUCUGAGGAGCAGGUGAAGUCCAGCAGAAUGUGGACUCUGGUCUCUGCUGGAGGAUUUCUACCUGGUGAUGUGUGCAGGUGUGAUGGAAAUCCGGAGUGUGAGGCAGCGAUCAACAUGAGGCAGUGAAGUGGUUUCUGCUAAUGAAAUAAUGUGUUGGAGGUCCCCAGGUAAACCUGUUCUCAGGACAGGUCCAGAGGACCCAACCUGAACUUGGCCUCAAAUCCAGACUCUAAGUGUUCUGAGGUUCUGCAUGGACCCAACAAAUUGAAUCCACUGGAUCCAGACAUCAACCAAAGGCUUGCGCUACUCGUCUCAAUGUACGAUGUUUUACCAGAGUCGUUUCCUAAAGCUCUAUGAGACAUGGAGAGAAUCACACUUACAUUUCCCAUGAUGCAACUGGAUAGUCUUUUCACUAUGCUGCAUUUAUGUUAUAUGUGAUGGAAGAUGUUUAUGAGACAUUUGAUCAAACACUACGUCCAUUAAAUCAGAGCUCAAAAACUCAGACAUGACAUGAAUGCAGCAUCAGCGAUGUUUUCAUUUGUCCCCUUCAUGUGGUGGAUUUACCUGUAAGACACACACCUGUGAGACAUGAGGUGGUCACAUGACUGGUUCAGGACUUUGUGAUUUGAUGAGGACCACCUGGACCCACCGUUAUACGAGUCAUCAACUCACAAAGGAUUGUGGGACUGAUUUAAAGGAUAUCAGGUGUGUUUUACUUGGGUACUGUUUCACUCUGAAAUGAUGACAUCACAGCAGGUGACGGUCACCAUCGGUGUUAUUUAGAUUUUCUGAUCAAUGAACUGGAUUAUUUUGAUAUUUUUAAAUGAUGAUGUUUUUUUCUGUUUGACAAUAAAAGAGUUUAAAGUGAAUUCAGGUAAGACUCUU